GCGAUGCUGUCUCUGUCACUCUCUCUCAUUUCUACCGUGGUUUGGGAUGGAGGGCGGUGAAGAGAAACCUUCUGUGGCGACGUCGAUAUUCGCCGCCUUCAAUCAUCACCCGCAGGAGCAGCCGCAAGUUACUGCUUCCGAUUCCCAGAGCGGCGCCUCUUCAGGCGCUGAAUGGCUGCAGAACCGCAGCUUCACCACAGACCUAUCCGUCAUAAAUGAAGCCGUCGCGAAAUACAGUCAUCCUGGCGGAGAAGAACAACAGGAAGACGAAGAAGAUGGAGGGAAAGAACUUAAUGCCAGCAAACGACCGCCGCAGUAUGAGAUGGUUCCGUCCUCUCCGUCGGAUGCGGGCGGGUCUUCGGAUGAGGAGGAUAGAAAGAAAAGGAAAAAGAGGAAGAAAAGGAGAAAGGGGGAGGUGCCCGGCGGUUCUCGGCCAUUCUACGACUAUGGGACGAUUCUCUCAUCUUCUUCUAGAAAAUCGGGUGUUCAAAAGUGGGCGUCUUCUUCUACUUCGAAUCAAAAAGAAUAUUACUUUGAUUCUCGUGGAGAUCCCGACAAUAUGGCAUUCGGUAGCAUUUACAGAAUGGAUGUUGCUCGAUACAAGCUUUAUAAUUCUCGGAAAAUUUCUGAAGCCAACUAUUUACUGAAGAAUAAGAAUGUUGGUAGUUUGGAUGGCGAUGGAGACAUAGACGGUGUGGAUCGAAAACUUAAAUCAGGUGGUCGAUAUUGGUCAGCAAAGUAUUCCGCUAUUGAAUAUCAUAAGAACUUGAAACGGGUAAGAAUCCUUGCACCUGACAAACCUGCAAGGAGUCCAAUUUCUGAUUAUAUUCCUUUAGGGGAUGAGGCUUCUGGCAGCGGAAUGCCCCUGAGUUCUAUAAUUGUGGAAGAAUCUUGGGAAGAUGAGGUAUUGCGAAAAACAAAGGAAUUCAAUAGGAUGACAAGGGAACGCCCUCAGGAUGAGAGUGUAUGGUUGGCAUUUGCAGAAUUUCAGGACAAGGUGGCAAGUAGGCAGCCUCAAAAAGGCGCCCGUUUACAGACACUGGAGAAGAAAAUCAGUAUUCUGGAGAAGGCAACCGAGCUCAAUCCAGACAACGAAGAUCUUCUUGUUACUCUCAUGAAUGCUUACCAGAGUAGAGAUAGCUCUGACGUCUUAAUUAAAAGGUGGGAGAAGAUACUCGCAGCUAAUUCUGGGAGUGUUAUGCUGUGGAGAGAGUUUUUGCGGGUUGUUCAGAGUGAAUUUUCCAGAUUCAAGGUUUCUGAGAUGAGGAAAGCAUAUGCUAAUGCAAUUCAAGCCUUAGCUGGUGCUUGCAUAAAGCAGCAUAGGCAGGCUUAUCCAUCUGGAAAUGCAAAUCAUAAUGAUCCGGGAUAUGUUCAAUUAGAACUUGGGUUAGUUGAUGCCUUUCUUGGUCUCUGCCGCCUGGAGUGGCAAGCAGGUUAUCAAGAAUUGGCCACGGCUUUAUUCCAGGCAGAAAUUGAAUACAGUUUAUUCUGCCCUUUGAUUCCUUCAGAACAAAGUAAACAAAGGCUAUUUGAACACUUUUGGAGUAGUGAUGGUGCUAGAAUUGGAGAAGAUGGAGCUCUUGGAUGGUCAACAUGGUUGGAGAAGGAGGAAGAACAGAGGCAGAGGCUUAUCAAUGAAGAGGCUUCAAACAUAGUUGAAGAAGAAGGCUGGACUGGGUGGUAUGAUCCAUCAUCAAAAACUAAGGAAAUUGAAAUGCCAGAACAUAUCACAGAGGGAGAUUUGGUUCCUGAGAAAUUUGAUGAUGAGCUUGAGGCUAAUGGUAUUGAGCCCAAGGAUGAUGUUGAGACUCUGCUUAAAGCACUUGGAAUUGAUGCUACUGCUGAAGCUGACAUCAGUGUCAAAGAUACAAAAACAUGGACUAAGUGGUCAGCUGCUGAGAUAGCAAGAGAUUUUGACCAAUGGAUGCCCAUUCGUGCAAAAUCUGAUCAGGUUUCUCAUGAGGAUGCCACAGCUGAUGCAGACGAUGAUGAGCAGCUUUUGAGUGUAAUAUUGUAUGAAGACGUGAGUGCUUAUCUGUUCUCCUUAAAUUCAGAGGAAGCCAGAAUGUCACUCAUAGCCCAGUUUAUAGAUUUCUAUCAAGGGAAAUUAGCACAAUGGACUAGCACAAACAGUUCCAGUUGGGUUGAGAAAAUCCUCAGUUUGGAGACCCUUAAUUACCCUCUUCUAGAGGAUUUCAGGAAGGUGCAUGAUCUUUUAACAGCAAAGCUCACAGAACAAACAAGUACUAGUUUGGAGCAUCUUUUGAACAAUUCAGACAAUUCUACUAUGAGGAUUAGCAUGAUGAAAUUUCUACGAAAUGCUAUCUUGCUUUGUUUAAAGGCAUUUCCCCAAAACUACAUCUUGGAGGAAGCUGUUCUUGUAGCUGAGGAGAUAUCAAACACAAGAAUGAAUUCAACAAACUCUUCUCUGACUCCUUGUCGAGUCUUGGCAAAGUCUUUGUUGAAGAAUAAUCGACAGGAUGUAUUGCUAUGUGGAGUUUAUGCGCGAAGAGAAGCAUUCUUUGGAAACAUUGAUCAUUCCAGGAAGGUUUUUGACAUGGCCUUAUCAUCAAUUGAGGGGCUUCCCCUGGAAGCUCGUCCCUGUGCUUCUCUUCUGUAUUUCUGGUAUGCUGAAGUGGAGCUUGAAAAUAAUGCUUUUGAAAAUUCUGAGUCCUUGUUCCGUGCAUUGCAUAUCUUGUCAUGUUUGGGCAGCGGGACACGAUAUACUCCAUUUAAGGGACAACCAUCCAGUGUUCAAAUACUCAAAGCUCGCCAGGGAUUCAAAGAUCAGUUAAAAAUCUUAAAUUCCACAUGGACACGUGGUAUGGUUGAUGAUCAUUCUGCUGCUCUUAUCUGUUCUGCUGCAUUGUUUGAAGAGUUGACUUCUGGAUGGGGGUCUGCUUUGGAAAUAUUGGAACAUUCUUUUGCAAUGGUACUUCCAGAGAGGAGGCGGAACAGUCGGCAACUUGAGUUCUUGUUCAACUAUUAUGUGAAGAUUCUCUGUAAAAAUCACAUGGAACUUAAAUUUUCUAAAGUAUGGGGUGCUAUAAUAAAAGGGCUGCAGAUAUACCCCUUCAAUUCAACAUUACACAAUGCUUUGGUUGAAAUCAGCCAUCUUCACACUUCACCUAAUAAGCUCCGGUGGACAUUCGAUGAUUACUGUCAAAAGAAUCCAUCUGUUAUUACGUGGCUUUAUGCUGUGUCAUUUGAGAUUGGUACUGGGGGCUCCCAACAUCGAAUACGAGGAUUGUUUGAAAGGGCACUGGAGACUGAUAAGAUGCGCAGAGCAGUUAUUCUUUGGCGAUGCUACCUGGAAUAUGAAAGAAGUGUAGCAUGCAAUGCUCUGUCUGCAAAAAGGGUGUUCUUCCGGGCAAUACAUGCCUGCCCCUGGUCCAAAAAACUGUGGCUGGAUGGUUUCAUGAAGCUGGGUUCCAUAUUGAGUGUGAAGGAGCUGUCUGAUCUCCAAGAAGUGAUGCGGGACAAGGAACUGAAUCUGAGGACUGAUAUAUACGAGAUUUUACUGCAAGAUGAUGAUCGUGGGACCGAGUGAUACGUAAGGGAAGAGGGCAUGGCCUUUGCUUAAUUACAGCUGGUUAAGAUCACUUAGAGGUUUAAGCUUGUUAAUUUGCUGUUUGUACGUACACUAAGGGAUGAUGCAGAUACAAAGACUGAAAUACCAUAAUACAUGCAAAUGCAAUGCAGUUAGGUGGCUGAUCAUGUCUUUAAUUAAUUAAUUAAGUAAUAGAACCAACGAAGGAAUUAUUUCAA